AUGGAAGCUGCCAUGGCAAGCGCCUCUGCUCGUCUUGCGCCGCUCGCCGAGGCUGCCAUCACGCCGCCUCACGAGGCUGGGCAUGAGGCGGCGGAGCGCGGCGACGCUCUUCAUCUGGGCUCCACGCCGUUGCACGAGGCGGCGGAGCGCGGCGAGGCAGCUCAGCUGGCGUUCCUGCUUUCCAUGGGCGCGCGAGCGGAUGCGGUAGACACGGACGGGCAGACGGCCUUGCAUGUCGCUGUCUCUCACGGGCAUUUGCAAGCCGUCGAAGUCCUUACGAGGCAGACUCCGUGCAGAGAGAUUGGCCUUCCGGACGUCUACCGCAUGACGCCGAUUCACAUGGCCGCCGAGCUCGAGGAGUCCGGCGAGGACAUGGUGGCCCUGCUCCUGGCUCGAGGUGGCGACGAGGUCAUGCGCCGUCGCUCUAGCAUGGGCUCAGCCGGCAGCCCGCGCCGCUCGUCGAGCAUCGGCCUGGGAAGCCCGCGCCAGCCCACCACACCUAGCACUCCGUCGCCGCGCCGCGCCGCGUCUCCCUCCUUCCUCUUCCGCUCCGGCGGCUCCGAGGUGUCGAACGCCUCGAGGACGACCUGCGCCUCGGACGACUCCAUCUCCUUCAUCGCACUCGAGCACGACAACGCCUCCGUCCGGAGGAUGAUCCGCCGCGCGUCAAAGGGGCUACCCACUCCGCUGCCCGGCUGCUUCUCCUCCAUCGACGACUCCAUCGACGACUCCUCCUCCCCCACUCCCCGAGGCGCCUCGCUGCAGGAGGUGCUCAAGGGCUGGAAGCAGCAGAACCUCAAGAAGGCGUGCGGCCUCUUCUGA